UCCUAGUUCCUGCACAACAAAACAACAACCCUUCACAGUUCACACAGACACACACUCUCUCUCUCUACUGGUCAACUUUGCUCUCUUUCUCUCUCUCCACCAUGUCCAAGGUGCUUAAGAAAGUGUGGGAAAUGGUGUGUUCACCGAGAUCCAAUUCGCCACCAGAACUUGCAUGUUCGGAUAUGGGUGUGUUAGAGCAAUUACCAAGUGACAUAUUCAUGCAAAUUCUGAGGCUUUUGGGUCCAAAAGAAGCUGCAAAGUUGAGCGUUGUUUGCAAGGCUCUGAGAUUGCUUGUGUCUGAUAAUCGUCUCUGGAUUCAUUUCCUUCAGACCCCACAGGCUGAACCCUCUUGGGAUUCUGUCUUCUUUGCUGAGACCAGCUUGAGCUCUGGCCACCCUCUUCCAGCCUUUGUUGGUGAGAGGCCCCAGUUAUCGUUCAAGCAUAUUUAUGGCCAGAGAGCACAAGUUCCUGGUGCUAUUAUCAUCGAUGGCGGUUCUGGCUAUUGCAAAUUUGGUUGGAGCAAAUACGCUUGUCCAUCGGGGCGAUCGGCAACAUUUUUGGAAUUUGGCAACAUCGAGUCUCCAAUGUAUACUAGACUUCGACAUUUUUUUGCUACUAUUUAUAACAGGAUGCAGGUGAAACCGAAUAAACAACCAGUUAUUGUUUCUAUACCAAUAUGCCACUAUGAUGAUACUGAAUCAGCCAAAGCAUCAAGACGACAGCUCAAAGAAGCAAUUUAUGCUUCCCUUUUUGACAUGAAUGUUCCUGCUGUUUGUGCUGUCAACCAGGCAACUCUAGCCCUGUAUGCUGCGAAACGAACUUCUGGAAUAGCUGUUAAUAUAGGUUUUCAAGUCACAUCUGUAGUUCCAAUUUUAAAUGGUAAAGUAAUGCGCAAGGUGGGUGUGGAAGUUGUGGGACUGGGAGCACUGAAACUUACAGGAUUUCUUAAGGAGAAGAUGCAAAUGAACAACAUAAAUUUUCAAUCUUUGUACACUGUUCGCACAUUGAAAGAGAAGCUAUGCUAUGUUGCUCUUGAUUAUGAAGCUGAGCUAUCAAAAGAUACAGAAGCAUCAUUUGAAGCUGUAGGAGAAGGAUUGUUUACACUUUCAAGAGAGAGGUUUCAGACAGCAGAGAUCUUAUUCAAGCCACAUCUUGCUGGAAUGUAGUUUGAAUCUCAAACACACAAGUGAGGAGGUUUUGUUAAGCGCAAAUAGUGGGCAUAAUCUAACCUAUGAUAAAGUCUUCUUUGAUUGAUAUCUCUUAUUAAAAUUGACUAUACCUAUUCUUUUCAUUUCAAUUUUGUUUUAGUUUUCCAUUUUCUAAUCUUUUUCAAUAAUUGAUACCAUGUUUGAUAAAAAAACUUCAAAACUAUUUUUGUAUUUGAUGGUUGUUACCAAAUUUAAAUUAUAUAAUUUUUGACAUUGUAUUCUUCUGGAGGUAUUUAACUUAGUUGCAAUAAAAUUAUUCACAUAAAAAAUAUUUCUUCAUGGGGCAUUUCUUUUCCUCAUCUUUAAAGCAUGCAUUGCAUUGCAACUUCUAUAAGAUUUUACUGGAACAAAUUCAAAUCAUUGGUUUAUGUUCAGUAAAAUUCCGUUCUGUCUAGUUCUAAAAUCGUCACUGUUUUUAAGUUGCAUUUAAUAGUGUUGUGUAGUUUUAAGUUGAACUGCAUAAAAUCCAUGUUAGUUAUUAUCACGGUUUAUGUCCACUUAUCCUAAUUGAUCUUCUCUUUCUUCUUUUAGUCCUUAACGUAAGAAACAUUAUGUAAUUUGAAAAAGGAAAAAUGAGUGAAUCCACCUGUCUAGGAGUGACAACAGAAAAGAAGGUAUGUAUCUAAGAUAUUAAAGAGAGGAAUGGGAGGAAAACUAUAUACCUAAACUCAUGAAGAUCUUUGUCUCGUGUUGAAUGGACAUGAUUUGUGGUUACCAACUUACCAUGUAGAAUUCUUUUCUCCUUGUUAGUUUGUUUUUUAUAUUUUCUGUUGGUAGUUUAAGCUUAUGUUACACUUCUUGGUAUAGGCAAGCCAUGGGUUUGCACCAGGCCAUAGCUCUUUGUAUGGACCAUUGCCAUUCUGCAGAAUUAGCAGGCGACAAUGAUUGGUACAAGACUAUAGUUUUAUCAGGGGGAUCUGCAUGUUUACCAGGGU